AUAUAUACUAAAAUAUAAUUAUAUUUUAACAAAUGAAAUUUAAUAUAUUAAAAUUAUAGAUUGUAUAGAAUGCAUGGCAUGCUCUGAUAAUGUAAUACGUGCAGGAUUGACUUCUAAAUUAAAAGAUGUACCAACAUUAAUUGAAAUGUUAAGUUACAUUUGUGAACCAAUUUCUGCAAAAAGAUUUCAACCUUCUCGUGAAGAUGAAUGUACAGAAGUAUUUCGUCCUCCUGUAAAAGAUUUUGCUGUUGCUAAAAUUACAAUUCCUCCUGGAAGAGCAUCAUAUAAUAUCAUUCCCAGAAAUACAGCUAGUAUUUUAAUUAUCAUAAAUGGAAAAGGUGAAAUCUCACCAUCAAAAAUUCUUUAUCGAGGUUCUGUUAUAUUUAUUCCAGCAAAUGAUAAAAUCGGAAUUAAAGUUUUAUGUGGAUGUCAUCCUAUGUUGAUGUUUCAAGCUUUUGUAAAUGUUUAAAAAAACUAUAUAAUACUUAAAAAAAAA